AUGAAGUGGUACCAGGAAGUGCACCGGCCGCGCAUGGUCAGACUGGUGCACAAGCACAAUGUCUUCCGCUAUUCAUUGUUCCUCACACCCUCAUUCAUGCGCCAGCAGUUCCACAACGACCUGCAGGAGACCCGCCCGAAGCCUGGAUGGCAGAUGGCCGACUUCGACGUGACCACGUCCUACUGGGUCCGCAGUCCCGACGACCUGAGAAACAUGUUGGCGGACCCGGAGUGGGAUAGCGAGGUCCAGGACAAGGAGGACGGCUGGAUUGAUAUGGACCGGGCGAGCAUUCAGGUCGGGUUCGAGACUGUUUUCGUGGACGAUGGGCAGAUUGUUGAGGCGAAGGUCUAG